AGGCCGGGAGCGGCGUCCCCUGCCCCCCAGCACAGGAGGGACCCUCACUGCCCCGGGAGUCCACUGGGGGGGACACAGAGGCGGUCGCUGUCCCCGUCCUGCCCCCCCCGCCCUCCCUGCUUGCGAGGUGGCGAAGGCCCCACGGCCAGGUCUCGCUCUGCCGAUCUCGCGGGCAGGCAGCGCGCGGGUGACACAUUAACUAGCGGCAGCUCAGAGGCCCCUCUGCCCUGGCACCGCGUCCCUGCCCCCACCCGUCCCGGGGUCCAGGCUCUGGCUGCGGCCCCUGCCUCUGACUUGGGGACAAGGUUGGACCAGAGAGGAUCGUGGACCUGCCUAGCUGGCACAGCCCGGAGGCUGGCUUUCCGGGAGCCCCAGGGGCCGCCCCCAUUCCUGAGAAGGGAGUGCCCUGCGGGAGGGGGACCCCGGCGGAUCUCUUGGCCCGGCCCGGCCCCCCUCCCGCCCCAGGGAGCUCACAGGGCGCGCCAGGGGACGACCGGCAGGUGAGGCCAGGCCUGCCCGCCCCAACUUGAGAGCUGGUGAGAGUUUGGGGGUCCCAGGUGGGGGCUUUGUGGGUCCCCUGGGGCCUGGAGCUGGGGGCCCCUCCUAGGAACCGACCGGGAUGGGAAGGAGCUUGGCUCGGGGUGCCCGUCCCCGCCCGGUCCAGGUCACGGCCGGCCUCGCCCCCAGGAGCCCCGCCAGGAUGAGACGCAGCGGGACGGCGCUGUCCUUCCUGCUCAGUGAGCGUGUCCAGGAGCCCCUGGACUCCGGCUCGGCCCCCGUGAGUCCCCAUGGCGGCGGUGUCGUUCGGAGGCAGUUCUCAGGGAGCCUCUUGCUGCCCCCGCUGUGGAGUCGCCCGGGGCCUCCUGGAGAGGCAGAGCCCAGCGCCCGGGUGGUGUUCACCAUCGGAGCCCGAGGCACGGAGAGGAGCCAGGCGUCGGCGCCGGGCAGCUUUGACCUGGACAAUGGGCCUUCGUGUGGCAGGGGCACGCAGGCCCCGGGCUCGCACAGCCAGCGGCGGGAGUCCUUCCUGUAUCGCUCGGACAGCGACUAUGAGCUGUCGCCGAAGGCCAUGUCUCGGAACUCCUCCGCGGGCAGCGACCUACACGGAGAAGACCUGAUCGUGACGCCCUUUGCCCAGGUGCUGGCCAGUCUGCGGACCGUGCGCAGCAACGUGGCGGCGCUCGCCCAGGGACCCUGCGGGGCAGCCCGGCCGGCGUCUGUCGGGAGCCCUCCAGUCGGCAGCCAGUCCCCUGCAGCUGCAGAGGACGCGGGGCCGCCGCUGGCGCUGGAGACGCUGGCGGAGCUGGACUGGUGCCUCGACCAGCUGGAGGCGCUGCACACGCGGCACUCGGUGGGCGACAUGGCCUCCACCAAGUUCAAACGCAUGCUGAACCGGGAGCUGACCCACCUGUCGGAAACCAGCCGCUCGGGGAACCAGGUGUCCGAGUAUAUCUCCCAGACCUUCCUGGACCAGCACGCCGAUGUGGAGCUGCCCACGCGGCCCCUGUCCGAGAUCCCUGGCCUCGGUGGGCUCCCCCGGCCCGGCCGGUCCUUGGCCACCGUCCCUCGCUUCGGGGUGGAGACGGACCGGGAGGGCCAGCUGGCAAAGGAGCUGGAGGACACGAACAAGUGGGGUCUUGACGUGUUCAGGGUGGCCGAGCUAAGCGGGAACCGGCCCCUGACGGCCAUCCUAUUCAGCAUCUUCCAGGAGCGGGACCUGCUCAAGACAUUCCAGAUCCCGGCAGACACGCUGGCCACCUACCUGCUGACGCUGGAAGGUCACUACCACUCCAACGUGGCCUAUCACAACAGCCUGCAUGCUGCCGACGUGGCGCAGUCUGCGCAUGUGUUGCUGGCCACGCCCGCACUCCAGGCGGUGUUCACAGACCUGGAGGUCCUGGCCGCCAUCUUUGCCAGUGCCAUCCACGACGUGGACCACCCUGGGGUCUCCAACCAGUUUCUCAUCAACACCAAGUCAGAGCUGGCGCUGAUGUACAAUGACAUCUCUGUGCUGGAGAACCACCAUCUGGCGGUGGGCUUCAAACUGCUGCAAGCCGAGAACUGUGACAUUUUCCGGAACCUCAGUGCCAAGCAGUGGCUGAGUCUGCGCAGGAUGGUGAUUGACAUGGUGCUGGCCACUGACAUGUCCAAGCACAUGAACCUGCUGGCUGACCUCAAGACCAUGGUGGAGACCAAGAAGGUGACAAGUCUGGGCGUCCUGCUGCUGGACACGUACGCCGACCGCAUCCAGGUCCUGCAGAACUUGGUCCACUGCGCCGAUCUCAGCAACCCCACCAAGCCGCUGCCCCUCUACCGCCAGUGGACAGACCGUAUCAUGGCCGAGUUCUUCCAGCAGGGCGACCAAGAGCGCGAGUCCGGCCUGGACAUCAGCCCCAUGUGCGACAAGCACACGGCCUCAGUGGAGAAGUCCCAGGUGGGCUUUAUUGACUACAUUGCCCACCCUCUGUGGGAGACGUGGGCUGACCUGGUCCACCCCGACGCGCAGGACCUGCUGGACACGCUGGAGGACAACAGGUCGUGGUACCACAGCAGGGUCCCUCGGAGCCCCUUGGACCCCGUCGGCUCCGAGCGGGGCGCCCCCGACAGGUUCCAGUUUGAGCUGACACUGGAGGAAGCAGAGGAGGAGGAGGUGGCGGCCGCAGGGUCCCCGUGCACUUAGCUCCUGUCCCCCAGCCAGCGAGGACCUGGGCCCCCUGCCAGCCACAAGCAGGUUCUGGGAGGUGAACGCAGUGCAGGACGGCCUGUGAGGCCCACGGCCUCGGCCUCCUGUCGGCCCUGGCUCGGGAUGGAGAGGUGACUGGGCCGGGCCCUCUCCUCCGCAGUCGCCCGGAGUUGCCUUUACCUUCUUUUCUUCUUUCCACUGGCCCAUUGUUCAUUUUUUUGAGACAGUGUCUCACUAAACCUCUCACUUGCCAGGCUGGAUUUACACUUGGGAUCCUCCUGUCUCAGCCUUCCGGGUGCUGCAAUCACAGAUAUGCAGCGCCUCGGCUCCUCCUGUGUGUCUCUCUCUGCUCCCUUCCCUUUGGCAGCCCCGGGGGCGCUCCCAGCCCUGCUACGCAAAUGCUUAUCGCUGGCCACCUCGGCCUGGCCCGCGGUGACUUGGAUCGGUGCCGCCGUCUCUGGCCAGGGCUGCGUGCCGCGUCCUGCACGGGGCUCCCUCCCUAACAAGUGACAGAGCCGCGGAGUUCUCACCCACCCCGCAGCUGCUGCGUCUGGCUGGCCCCUGAUCAGCUGCGUCCGGGCCUGAGUUUGCCAGGUCUCGCUGGACUUUGGUUGAGGCGAUGGGGCCUGUGGCCUGACAGAAAUAUCUUAGAAGUGUGAGGCUGUUGGACGUUUCUCUGGAGCUCAAUAAACCCUUCAGGCCUGAAGACACCCUGCUGCCUAAUGAGUGUCCCAGCCACUCAGGAGGCUGAGGCAGGACGGUGGCAAUUUCAAGGCCAGCCUGGGCUACUUAGUAACACAGUGGCACAAUGUAAAAAAUAAAAAUGCCUAGGUGCGCCUCAGUGGUGAGCCCUGGCCUCACAUACACCGCCCUCCCCAAAAGACCUGUUUGAUGAGUGGGGAAACGCACAGAAGCGUGGUUUAUCCGCCGAAAAAAAGACAUCCGGAAGCCAAUGUUGGUCAGCAUCUCCCCCUGGCGGUGGGAGCGGGGAGCGCAGUAGCGCGGAGCUCAGAGUCCUGGCGCUGGGCUGGAUGCGAGCCGUGUCCAUGUCUGGGGUUCCAGACCCGCGUCCAGCCCCUCUUGGGCGGCAUUCAGUGCUCUGUGGCCCGGAAAUGCACGCUCGAUCCGCGUCAUCUUGCGGCCCCGCUCGGGUAACAGCUGGCCUCGAUCAUAAAUAUUAUGAUAACCGCGGCUGCUCGUCCUCGUCACCACUGACGCUGAGGUUCCGCCCGGAAAAACCAGCGGCCUCCCCGGGCCCGAACUUGGGUCAGUUCCGCGCGGGUGUUUAAAAGACAAGACCUGGCGCGGGGGCGGGGGGGGGUGCGUCCCCUCCUCUGUUCUGCGAGGAGAUCCGUGCUUGCAGCAGAGAAUUCUCAAAGGAUGGAGGUACAUAAAGAAGGAAAUAAAACACGGACACGA